CACCAUCAUGGCACGCCGUCUCUACCUUGGAAGACUCCCCCCGGAUGUCCGCAGCGAAGAAGUCUCGAAGUUCUUCGACGGGUAUGGUCGCAUCGUCGACUGUCGCGUCAUGACAGGCUUUGGUUUCGUUGAGUUUGAAAGCUCCCGCGACGCAGAGGACGCCAUGCAGAACUUCAACGGGAAGAACUUCAUGGGUUCCAACAUUGUUGUCGAGUUCGCGAAGGAAACACGUCCCCGUCGCGACCCAUACGACGCCGAUCGUGCUGUGCGCGCCAGACGACCUCCCGGCUUCCGCGUUAUAGUUUCUGGGAUUUCACGUGACACCAGUUGGCAGGACCUCAAAGAUUUCGGUCGUGAAGCCGGCAGUGUCUCUUACGCUGACAUCGAUCGCGACAACCCGGGCGAAGGUAUCCUUGAAUACCUCUCCCGUGAGGACUCGGAGCGCGCAGUCAAGGACCUGGACGGUCGCGACCUCCGUGGUCAGUCAGUCCGUGUCGCCAUGGAUCGUGAGCGUGGUGGUGCAGAUGACCACCGCCGGGAGCCCCGCCGUGAUGACCGCCGGGACGACCGGUAUGCUCGAGACGACCGUUACCGUGAUGAUCGUUACAGAGACGAUCGAUACAGGGAUGACCGCCACAGGGAUGACCGCGGCGGCUACCGCAGGGAACGCUCCAGGUCGCCUCCUCGCCGUGGUGAAGUCGAUGAUCGUCGCCCCAGGUCUCCACCUCCCAGGAGGGAUGUUGAAGAAAGAAGGCCUGCAGGGGACGAUGUGGACAGGCGCAGAGACGACCGUCGCCGGGACGAGAAGGACGAUCGGUAUGACGACAGGCCCCCGAGGCACGCCGCCAACGGAGACAGCGGUUGGGCGCGCUGAGAGGCCAUGGUUUUCCGGAUGGCCGGUUGUCCGUUUUCGGUGUGGACCACGAAUUCUUCCCCAAAAGGCGUCUUGGACUGGAUCUCGCAUCGCGUCGAAUAUGUUUCUGCUGUAUGGACAGGUGCCCUGUACUUCGAGCUCGGAGGUUAUCGCGCUAUGACCCUCGUUCGCAUUGGCGCUUCCAGGUCCCCCUGAGGAUAUCCCUCCUAUUGUGCGCACGGAGCCCCUGCGCUGGCCUUCCUUCCGUAUCAAGAGGACGGGGGACCUGGUCCGUUGGCGUCCCAUCAAACCUGUGUUCUCCGUGCCAUGUUCACGAGGUCCGUUGGUCGAUAUGGCUCCCGGGAUUCGAGGAGGUCGACGCAAUUUCACGGAUGGUAUUCGCUUAUCGGAGUUCGUUAAGGCGCUUGCGGGACUCGCCGAGGAGGACCCCAUUUUUGGACGUCGGCUGUUUUGUGGGCGUAUGUGGGCGCGCAAGACUUUCGUGCGAACGUUCGUCGACGCUGUCCAGGAAUCCAGGCCGUUGGAGCUUGCUUCGUCCCUGUAGCAAGGCGACUGCCAUCGAAGCCACCCAUGGCUCUCAUAGCACGUAAUUCAAAACGUCGAGCGCUCUGGCGGGGGUACACGCACAGGACGGCCGAAACUUUGAGCCAAGCAGGAGGUCCGACUGUAUGCAAGUCCUGUGCUUCUUCCUCAAUGGCUACGAGAAAGGUGCGUGCAAUCAACUCAGGUCUGUGUUCCAGCCGAGUCCAUGUUGUCCGCUCGCAUGUAUUUGACCGGCUGUAUCGUGUACAUAUGAAUCGCAUAUCUAUC